GCCCGAAGAGCUUGUCCACGCCGUCCUGGUACGACUCGAUGACCGCGAAUAUUCCACGGACAGGGCAUCAAAGCGAGGCCUCGCCUCUUGCAGCUUGACUUGCCGCCACUGGGCUAAGGUCAUCAGGCCCAUCCUCUUCGGAUGUCUCACUAUCAGCAGCGCGGAGGAUGUAUCCCAACUUUCCGCGUUCCUCAGUGCUCCUGACUUCCUCGAUUGUCCCAUUCGAGACUGCAUUCGCAGUCCAGAUCUUGUCGAAGAUCAGACAUCCCCCGGCAUCUCAUGGGGCCACCAGUUCUUUCUCAGGCUUCACGAACAGCUCCAUUUCGUCAACUACGUCAAUUGGAUUGUAAAAGGCACUCUACCGGACGACCAGGCUCAGCCAGCAUCGAAGCUGCCAUCGCUUCCGUUUGCUCUGCUGCCCAAAGCACUACCUAUUCUGAUAAGCUUUGUCAAACACUUGCGGAUUCGGGUACUCGGGCUUGACAACAUUGUCUUCCCAGAGGGGAGCCCCAGCCUUCGACGUGUCCUGCAGACAAGUUCCUCGUCUCGAAAUCGGUGGUACAGCCAUCACCAUAUCUUUCAAAACUGUAUCAGCAAACCGCAGAGCUUUCCGUUCUGGUUCGAAUUGUCCAAUACUCUCUUCGCCGGCCAACGCUGCCCGCCACUGUUGUGCGAUGACAUUGCGCAAACAAUAGCGAAAGUCUUUGCGUUGUCUCAUCAAUGCAAAGAUGUUAUCCCUACCUUAGAUGCGAUUUGUGAAAGUUCUCCACUGGUAACUGGUGAAUCGACAUAUGUCUACCGGUACUGUAAACCUCAGACAAAUAUUUUGCUCGCCGGUAUACGAAUAGCCUGCGACGGCUCCCGUCCACGCAUCAUAGAGGUCUUCUUCAGUUGUGCACAUACUGGCGACAUUGACAUUUCUUCGCUAUUCGCGCAGCUAGAGGCCGCGCUCAUCAACACGAACGGACCUGAUGCUCUCGCACUGACCAUCGAGUGCCAGGCCGGAGAAGCUGGCAGGAUUCUGAUCGAUGGAAUACUGGAAGACCGCAUCUUAGCGCAGCUUCGGACGCGCCCCACAAUGCUCUUUGCGAAGAUCUCCGAGAUUUCAGGCCAGUCUAAGUCUAUUACCGUCGAACAAAUCCUCUCCGCACCGACGUCCAUCAGCUCGGGCGAAGAAACCAUCCCGCUCACCACCGCUCAGCGCACGGAAUGGGUGUUGGACAAGUACAUCAGGAAGGAGGCUGUCCGUCCGCAGGAGCUGCUGCACGCCGCUCGAGAGACCGGGGACAUUGCAGGCACGAGCUCUGCAACGGGACAACGCGCUGUGAAGCGAUCGGAGGACGACGCAGCAGGACAGGCGCAGGGGGUCGCGGCGGACCAGGAUGAGGAGCAGAGGGACAGGGGCGAGGAGUGAGAUGACGGCGAAGAAUCGGGCAGCGAGCCUGGACGCGAGGCGCGAUAUCGGGGCAGGGAAGGCUGUGGUGUAUCGUCGCAGAAGGGAUAUGGACAGGCGCGAACACUCGAGAUAAGUCGUUUGGAGGAGAGGCGGAGGCGUUCGCAGGGCGAAUAGAGCGAAGGACAGGCGUGGUGAGCAGACAGAUGUGUGUCCUUUGACGGCCAACAUUCACGGUGUCCGGUGCGAACAUUUUUCCUUGGUACGGACAAGCUGCUCGUGGCUUCCCAAUUCCUGCGGUGUAUGACUUGUUUUGCGGAUUUCUCGGACUCUCGUCUCAGUAUUCUUAGGCUCAUGCGUUCCUAGUCUAGCCAUGUAAAAGUUUUACAAAACAAUUACGAAUAUUCG